AUGGUUUUAUCUCUCGACAGUGUUCCUGAAGAGAUACUCCACACUAUCCUAUGCUACAGCCACCCCUGUUCUGCGGCUGCUUUGCAGCAGACAGCCCAUCGAUUCGAACGUGCUACCAGCGAGCCUCUAUUGUGGCGGUUUUACUGCCAAGUGUAUUUCCAGUACUGGGACAGCACACAUGAUAUACUACAAAAAUUGUCGGCUCCCACCCAUGCGGUAGACUGGAAGGCCUUAUAUGUAUCUAGGCAUCUGACGGACUGCACUGCUAGUCAUCUGCUGGACAGUAUCCUUGCGGGACAAACGGGGAGAAUCGAAAAGUUCCAUGCACUUAUCGACCUUGGGUAUGAUGUUAAAGAUACACUUAUAAGGAACAUCUCAUCAGAAUUAGAGACAGAUGACCAUCUAGCAAGAAGGUAUUAUGGCAAGGUGCUCCUGACCUGUCUACACCGGAGUAUUGCGUUGCCAAUAUGGGCUAAACUAAGGAAUGGUGGGAAUGUAGCACUGGAACGAGCACUGGGCGCUUUCGACCUUUUCAUACCAGAGAGCGGAUAUGGAAGCCUUGACGAAAUAACUAACAAGCUGGAUGAAAUCGUUGGACGACUUUCCUCAUCAUACCCUAGUAUAAAUAUGCUCACAACUCGCGAUAAGGCGAGGACUAUCGCAGUAUAUUUGAAGUCAAACAACCUGACUGGUAUUCAACCAGAUAAGGAGUAUCAUUGCCUAGAGCACAAUUUCUUGGGUGUCGCACUGAAUGACCCGAACCAUAAUUCGCUCCCCCUGGUGUCUGCGGCUAUAUAUUGCUAUGUUGCGCAGAGGCUUGGCCUAAAUGCUCGACCUUGUGGGUUCCCUUUCCAUGUCCAUGUUAUUGUCAAACCUCCACCAGGACUGGAUGUAAAUGGCAAUGUGCUGGGGCCCGGAGUUUGUGGAGAUCCUAUUUAUAUGGACCCAUUUCGCUCAGAUAGAGAGACGCCAGUCACCAAUCUGCAAAGCCAGCUGAACUAUUUGGGGGCAUCUACCGUCGAACAGUCGACCUUUCUAGGCGAAUCUCGGACCUCGGAAAUCGUUUUAAGGUGCAGCAAGAAUAUAUUGAAUUCGGUCCAGCGCAUGCCUCAGUAUCUAGAUGUGCAUUUAGAAGCAGUGGAUACUGUUAGUGCGAAGUACGCUGCCCUUUGGUCAACAAUGCUUCUUUCUGACCCCUCUCGGCCGGCCGAGUUUCGACAUCAUUUACCUUGGCUAAUGGAGUUAUUUGCCACGGAGUUUCCAUCUGAUAUAUACCUUGUCGAACAGUAUGUAGUCCCGAUAUUUCGUGGGUUGCUCGAAUAUGAGCAUAUUCUAGAAAGUCUCCACAUCAUGCGGGCCGUGGACGAGAUUCCAAAGCAGGUGAAACGACGUUUUCCUGGUCGAUGCGAUGUGAAGUACCGCAUUGGUCAGGUUUUCCGACACCGCCGGUAUAACUACAUAGCUAUCAUAACCGGUUGGGACACUGAAUGCGAUGCAGGCGAGCAGUGGAUGAGGAGGAUGGGGAUUGAUCGUUUGCAGGGAGGAAGGCAUCAAAGCUUCUACCACGUUCUCGUCGAGGAUAGAAGUGUGCGGUAUGUGGCGGAGGAGAACAUUGAGCUUCUGGUUCCCGAUAUCUCUGAGCUCCCUACAAACCUUACUGCAGUCGCAGGGAGGCAUUUCAGGCGAUGGAACGAAGCGACUCGAUCUUUUGUGAGCAACAUCAAAGACGAGUAUCCUGAUGAUUGA